AACAGGAUGUUCAUGUUACUGAAUUUUAAGAGAAAUUUAACAACUGAAUAAUGUUAUACACAAUUUAUAUUGGCAAUCAUUUUUUAGCAUUUCAAAAGAUUAAAUGUAAUUAUAAAAAGAUAAUGUACUUCAUCAGCUUUUCAUACUUCACACUUGACAUGAAAGUCUUAGGAAAUUACCUGUCACUUCAAAGCAAAUGUUUCUGUAGUGGUUUAGUUUACUUUAACAUAAUUUCUAUACCUGAAAGUUAGGCCAAGGCAAAGUAAACAAUUGUUACUAUUUGAUGUUUUGUGUUAACAAGAUAAAAUUUAAAAUAUGCAUAAUUAUUGAAUUAUGAUAAAGAAAAAAAAUAUUUAUAGUAUUAUGUUCCUUCAGGUAUAGGAAAUGUCAGAAUUUCAGUUGGCAGCCAAAUGCACAGAAAUUUUGCCUCUAAUAUUUGCUAUUUUUGUUUCUGUUUAUUGUUAUAAGUUGCUACAGUUUAUGAAAAUAAAAAAAGACUAGAACUUUAUUGUACAAGACAGGUUUUGAUUGAAACGUGGCAAAUGUUCAGAUGAGCCUUUGAGCUCAGAUGUCUUUGAGCCAGUUUGUGUGAUCCCUGCGUGUGGCAGUGCGCAGGCAGAAUCAGCAAGACGACCUGAAAGUGAUGGAAACAGUAGAAGCAGUGGCCAGUAGCGAAGAUGGGCAGACUGAAGCAAAGAGAAUUCGUCUGUUAGUGGCACCUGAUGCUGGAGAAGCUUCAUCAAAGUGUGAGCAACUACAUGGUGGAUCCGCUGAACAGACAACUAGCAUCUUCUUGUACAGUGCUGAUGGGAAUCUCGUUCCUGCAGAGAUUGUUGUAGACAGUUUGAAUGAAAACAUCAUUGCUGUCCCAGUAGAGAGUAGUGUACUGAAGAAGGAGAAAGUUACAAGAGUGUUGGAGGCACCCAAAAUUCUCAGAACCACUGAAAUUCAAGGAAUAGGUCCCAAAAAAAAUACUAAAAACCAAAAUAUUACGUUGUUACAGUCUCGACCUCAGACAUCAAACACUCGGACUAAGUGUGUCAUUCCUUCAAUAUUGCAGGCCAAACCCAAGCAUCCAUUGCAAAACACAGUCACUAAAAAUAUUGUUAUUACAUCACAUACUCAAAGCAAAAUCCCAGCAAAGCCAGAGCCCCUCAGCACGAAGAUCCUGAUAACCUCAGAUGGACAGGCAAAGCCCCAGCCGAUACUGAGUUCAGCGGCCCUCAAGAUGCCUUCACCUGUGGAUAUGCAUGUCAAGGCACAGCUUUCUGAUUUUAUUGAGGAUCGCUUGUCCUUGCUUGGCGAUGUGUCAGAAAAAAGUGGAGGUCAAGGAGGUGGAGGUGCCUGUCAGACAGUGGUAAUGCGUGCCAACAGUCUGGGGGAGCUGGAACUGGACCCAAUGUUUGUCACUGGUGAGGGACUUAUCGAGCCUGAUGGGGAGGAAGUGAGGCUUGCAGCAGCCUCUGACCUGAGCCCAGGAGAUCGUCUGAACUGCAGCAUAUUGGCUGGAGUAAAUAAAACCGAAGAUGUAAAUAUUGCUGAAGAAGUGCAGGUUGACUUACAGCCUUCCACAGCCAGAGUUAAGGGUAGCAGUGGCAAUGUCAACCAAAACUGGUUCACAUCAAGAGAGGAUAAGCAAAUGUUACGAUGGAGAGGCCAUGCUUGGAGACAAGGAAUGUGGUCUAAGGAGGAGACUGACAUGCUUCAGCAAAACAUUGAAAAGUACUGCUCUGAUCGUGGACUCUCUGACCCAGCCUCGGUCAUUUUCAAGAUGUCCAAGGAAGAGCGCAGUGGAUUCUACCGGGUUAUUGCCCAGGGCCUUAAUAGACCACUCUUUUCUGUGUAUAGAAGAGUCAUUAGGCUGUAUGAUAAUAGAAACCACAUUGGAAAGUACACAUCUGAUGAAGUUACAAAAUUACGAGAGCUACGUAUGAAACAUGGCAACAACUGGCAAGCUAUUGCAGCACAUCUUGGACGGUCAGCUGCUUCUGUGAAGGACCGCUGCCGACUCCUGAAUGAGAACUGCAACAGGGGUGUCUGGUCACCUGAGGAAGAGGACCGAUUGGCAGAGGUUGUGUAUAACUUAGCGAGUGCCCUCCCAGGAGAACAGGUAACAAGUGGAAUUUCUUGGGGUGAAGUCGCUGCAAGGGUUGGUACCAGGUCUGAAAAACAGUGUCGAACAAAGUGGUUGAAUUAUCUGAACUGGAAGCGUACAUCAGGGGUAGAAUGGAGUAAAGCAGAUGAUGUACAGCUGAUCUGCAGACUCAGUGUGUGUGGUGUUCAGGAAGAGUCACAGGUGGACUGGACAGCACUCGCGCGUGGAUGGCCAGCAUGCCGCUCCCCGCAUUGGCUGAGAGGGAAGUGGUGGAACCUGAAAAGGAAACUACCCAAUGCAAGUCAAGAAUCAAGCCUUAGAGAAAUGUGUCAGCAGCUGUACAACCUUCAGUCACUCAGUCUCAUGCAGUCAACUUUAGUGGAACUACCAGCUACUGCAGUUAACUCUGCUGCAGCAACAUUAACAAGUGCAGGUUCCACAACAGGUGUUACUAAAAACCUAUUGUCUGGGAAUCAGGAUAGUCUAGCAACAGGAAGUGUGAAAUUAUGCAUCCCAGCUGCUAACUUUUCACAUAUCAUCAACUCAGAUGAUGGUGAGGAAGAUAUGGCAUCAAAGUUAAGUGGAUUAGUGCAGACAGCCUUGGUGGUUCCAACAAGCAGCAGCUGUUCACCUCAAACAGUGACCACAUUAGUGUCUCAGCCUCAAGUGCUUUCAACAGCCUCCCUAGCAACGCCUGUCACUACUCAACUCAGUCCUCACCUUACUAGUCAGUUGUCGUCAACAAUAACAAAUUGUUCCAAGAACCAGUCCAUUGUGGUCACAACAUUAGAGGAUCCCUUGGGCUUACAGCUGGCUGAAGUAGGAGGUACAGGGGUCGACAGAAGUGCAUUAUUGAAUCAAGGGUUGCAAAGUGUAGUUAAGGAAGAAGAUCUCCUGAGUGAUGGCGAAGGUGCCCACACCCAAGCAGGCCUUAAUACAGGUCUUGAUCCUUCAUCCCCUGCAGUUACCUCACAAGUCAUUCUGAAUGAUCCUAUUCUCUCUGUGUCAGGUGAACCCCUAGGCUGUGAAGAGUGCCUUCAACAGGAUCAAGAUGAUGCUGAUAUUGUCAUAGUAUAAAGUUGGCCUGAUUUACAAAUAUCAAUUUCACAAUAUCUUUCUCUUUGAUGGCUGAUAUUUACACGUACUCAGUGGUAAAAUGACAAGGAAAAUAUGAUGAAAAGGAAUUUUAUUAGAAAUUUUGUAUUGUAAAUCAAAAUUACUUUCUUCUUAUCUAAUUGACCAGUUGAUUAUUUAUUUUCAUUAUAUAGAUGCAUAUAUUUGAAUAUAUGAUAAGAGUACUAUAUAUUCAUUAGAGGUUUAUAAGUUUCCACUACUUGUCAGUAGAUUAAUCAAGCCAUAUUUAUAGGAAUACACAUUGAAACUGCCCUUGUGAUGAAAACAUUAUUUGGACUAGAUAGUUUCAUAUUCUGAAUCACCCACACAUCGAAAUAGAAAGAUGAACAUGUUUUUAUCAUGUUUACUUGAUAAUAUUUAUAAUAACUGAUAUGUUAUUUCUAUUUUCAUAAUGUAUUGUCUCUAGUGAAAGUCUUGAAUUUGAUUAUGUUGCAUGGAGGUGAAGAAUAGCUUACUGCUUUUACAUGUAAUAUCUGUGAUAUAAAUAACACAUAUUAUAUUGUGGUUCAUGGAUAUAUAUUGCUCAUAUACUGAAAGCUUAGCACUACUAGUUAUGAUAACAGCAAAGAAUGCUGAGCAAUCUCUCAAAUUUGGAUUUCAGCAUCUCCAAAUGUACAGUAAUUGCACCCAUGGUAGCAAACAACUAUUAUAUUAUAAUAUAAGCUGUCAUAUAACAAUGAAAGUUCUCUGAAAAAUAAUAGAGAAAGUCAGGGACAAGAAGCAAUAUCAAAUAUACUUUUUUCUGGCUAAAGAGUAUUUGAAAAUGGCAGAGAAGAUUGAUAAACAUAUGUAAAGGGAAAUCUUGUUAUUCCUGUGUUACUUUAAUAUAUUAGAUUUGCUUUGACAUGAAUUUCAAAUUUGGGAGAUUUCAUUUCUGUAUAUAGGUUUUAGUGUUAUUACUUUCAAGAACAGAAAUAUACAAUAAAUCAGGAAAAUGAAGCAAUAGAAAGCCAAGGAAAAUGUUAUAUCUUUGUAUUUUGUAUGGAUAUUUAUGAAUAUAUAUUUUAGUUAUGUAUUAUAGAAAUAAAAUGUAAUCUAAAACU